UUUUUGAGUAUUGACUGAUUCUUAUCCACGUGCCUAUAAAUAAAAAAAAAGAAAACGGAGCGUUUAAGUUCUCUCUCUUUUCCUUUUCGAAAAAUCUAGGGUUUUCAUCUUCUCCUCCUUCGCUUUCCUCUUCUGAGAUUUCAUUUUAUUGCAGGUAAAGAAAAAUGCCUAGGUAUGAUGACCGCCGCGGUAGUGGUACUCGCCUUUAUGUUGGUCACUUAUCGUCAAGGACAAGAUCACGUGAUCUCGAGGACAUGUUUAGCAGAUACGGGAGAAUACGAGAUGUGGAUAUGAAGCGCGACUAUGCAUUUGUUGAAUUCAGUGACCCUAGAGAUGCUGAUGAUGCAAGAUAUUCAUUGAAUGGUCGAGACUUAGAUGGAAGCCGUAUCAUUGUUGAAUUUGCCAAGGGAGUGCCCCGUGGCCCUGGUGGGUCUCGUGAUUACCUUGGAAGAGGCCCUACUCCUGGGUCAGGACGCUGCUUCAAUUGCGGAAUUGAUGGUCACUGGGCCCGUGAUUGCAAAGCUGGGGAUUGGAAGAACAAGUGUUAUCGUUGUGGAGAACGAGGCCACAUAGAAAGAAAUUGUCAAAACAGUCCUAAGAAACUAAGCCGUAGACCCCGCAGUUACUCACGCUCACCUAGUCCCCGCCGUGCCAGAAGCAGAAGCCGCAGUUACAGCCGCAGUAGAUCAAGAUCACCUGUGAAGAGAGAAAGGAGUUUUGAGCGAGAAGAUAAAAGAUCAAGGAGCCCUAAGCGCCACAGGGGAUCGCCAUCACCAUCUAGGGGGAGGAAGCGUAGUCCAGUGCCCGAUGAAAGAAACCUUCAAGAGAAAGGUAGCCCUUCCCCAAGGGAAGGCAAAGGCAGGCUUAACAACGGUUCAGAUUACAGUGCAAGUCCAAGGGGAAGAAACAGAAGCCCAGAUCGUGAAGCUGAUGCUGAAGACAGGGAUUAUAAGAACCCUGCAAAAGAGAAAGAGAAUGGCCAGAGCCGCAGCCCUAGCCCACUCCCUAGGGAAGACCGGAGCCCUAUUUAUGAUGAUGAUGAUAAUCACGCCUCUUCUAGGCGCAGUGAAUCGAAUUAACCGAUGCUGGUUUGAAUCGGUAUGCGUUAGUGACAAAUCUCAGUUUGCAACAACUUUUUAAGUUUUUUUUUUUUUAUAUUGGAUUGAUAACUUUUAUUUCUUGAACAUCAAGCGCUGUUAAGAUUUAUUAAACUCUGUUCCAUAAAUUCUCUCGUAUUUUGUGAUGGGUAAAAUUUCGUUUUAUGAUUUCAUAAAAGUCUGUAUCAGUUACAGAUGGUUCGGAUACGUUUCGGAUCUGAAUCCGAAUCCGACCAAUUUACUAAGGGGAGGAUCUUUUCUAGCUUUUAUAUAA